AUGUCAGUCGGCACUUCAUUCACAUCUUCAGGAGCUCCUCAUUUGCGAUUAUUCGCCCAGACAUUCGUCGAGAAGGACCUUGAUCAUAGCCCUUGCGAGAUCGUCUUCAAUGCAGGAAAAUCUCCUGCAUACAACUUCUCUAGUGUAUUUGCUCUAGAGGAUGAGAUCCCGCUUGGUUGCAUGCAUGAGACCACUAUUCCUGGAAAAUAG